CACACAUGGAAACACUUGGUCUUUAAAAGUACCAGAAGGAGUGCGAGGACUUUCUCUCCUUUCAAACCUCAAACCCUCUUUGAAUCUUACGCCACAGGAUUCUGCUGAUAUCCUCUGAUUGUCCAUUUACAUGCACUGGGCUCAGUCUGAUUAACAGUUUCCUUUCUGUUCGCAGGGCAGACCUGCACCUUCAGAGACCUGGCACCAGAGGAUCUGAAAAAAUGAGUCACCGUUCUCGGGCCUCCAAGGUGCGCCACCACAUCCACUGUGAUUCCUGCUACAGCCGCCGCUGCAGGGCUCGGGUAGAGGCCUCUGUGUGCUGCGCAGUCAUCCCCUGCCGUCUGCUCUGUGGCGCUCUCUUCCACCUGUGCAAAGAAGAGGAUCACCUGCUGCUCUGCCCUAAUGUGAGGGUGCCCUGCAUCAACGCUGAGUACGGCUGCCCGAUCCAAUUGCCUCGCUCUUCACGGGCAGCUCACCUCCAGGUGUGCCCGGCCAGCGUGGUGUGCUGCUCCAUGGAGUGGAACCGCUGGCCAGCCAAUGAUGCCCACUCCUUCCCAAACAUGGAGCUGCAUGAAAACCUGCUCAGAGAAAGAGCGCAGGGAAGGUGUCUGGACCUGGCCUUGGCUCUGAAAGACCAGGACCGCCUCUUUCACUCCAUGAAGAUGAAGAAACUGUUCCCAGAGCUGAUCCAGUGUGUGGAGGAGGAGGAGAGGGAGGAAAGGAGGAUGGAGGAGGAGAGAAGGAAGGAAAAGGAGAGGAAGAAAAAGGCCAUGUUGGAGAAGGAGGCAGCAGAAAGGGCAGCUGCAAAGCAAGCCAGUGAGCUCGCCUGGGCCUCUUUUAACACGUACAAUUUGAAUGAUAAUACCCCUGAUGACAAAGAAGAAGAAGAAGAAGAAGAAGAAGAUGAGGAGGAGGAAGAGGUUCAGGUCGAAUAUGAGCAGGUGCUUACACAGGAAGAGAGAGAGGCUCUUGCAAGGGCAUCAGGAAUAGAGGCUGAUCAUCUUGAAAAUUACAGCGCCUGGGAGCGAAUGUUCAGCAUGGAGAUGGGUGGAUGCAGGGAAACUGAGGGGACGGCUGUGGCAGGAAGGGGACGGGGACUGGCUAAAGGGAGGGGGAAAGGCUUGAGCACCGUUACGGAAGAAGAUAAAGCAGAUACCUGUGGAGGUGCAACAUCAUCAAACACCUGCAAACUGCUGACCAGCACUCUGAACAAGAAGAAGUUUACAUAUGAACGCCUGGAGCCAAUGAAGAUCAUCAUUGUGCGCACUUUCAAAGUCCCGACCAGCUUUUCUGCCAAGCAGAGCCGCAUCCGCAACCCAGGUUUUUACAAAAGAGAGAGCAAAGCUGUGGAUACCAGUGACCUGGGGGUGGCACUAGAGGCAAUGCCAGUGUGGGAGGAAGUUCAGGCCUCUCUGCUGUGUUCCCUGGAGAAGGAGCUGAGGGGUCACCUCAUUGCAGAAAGCGUGUGCACAGACGGUCUGUUAACAGACGAAGGCACGCAGACCUACAGCUUUCUGUCGGCUCCUUUCCGGAGAAACACUUCGCUGGCCGACCUGACGGCUGUCAAACCGCUUGAGCUGCACCUUCAGCUGCAGGUGGAGAGCGUCACCAGCCGACAUCACAAGGCCAGCUCCGCCUUCACCUUCCUCUGUGGACACACCUUCCAGCGCAGAGAAUAUGGCAAACAUUACAAGAACGUCCACAGUGAUAUCCAGAUGUGUGUAAACGGAUGGUUCGAGCAGAGAUGCCCGCUCGCUUACUUGGGAUGCAGCUACAGCCAGAGGAGAUUUCAGCCCUCCACACACGAAGCCACCAUCAGCUACAACGAUGAUCUAGGCUGCUUCAGCCUGAUUCCCACCACCUCUGUUUGCCUGGGUGACACUUCCCAGACAUCCAGGAGCUCGGAUGCCUCCACCAGCUUUGCUUGGAGGAAGAGAGGCAGUCGAGCGGGAGGAGCGGACGACUCGCUGAGCUCUCUUCCCUACGAAGUGCUGUGCCACGUGGCCAGUUUCCUGGACAGCUUUUCCCUGUCCCAGCUAGCUAUGGUGUCCCACCUCAUGAGGGAGGUGUGCUCCUCUCAGCUGAAGGAGAGAGGGAUGGUCACCCUCCGCUGGGAGAGGAAGACCUACUCUCAUGGAGGAGCCAAGUGGAGGGUGAAGCAGAGGGUCUGGCAGUUCAGUACCUUGUUCUCUCCGGUGGAUACGUGGUGCUUCCAGGAUGUGCCGCCUAUCUCAGAGCAUCUAAAGGUGUGUCGUUAUUAUGAGAGGGAGUCCAGGACGGAGAAGAUUUACCUGCCACGCAUGCGAGAAGAAAUCCAGCCCAACACAAGCUGCAAACCUCCCACUCUGGUUACCAUGUUCCAGCAGAAGAGAAUCAUGAUGUAGUUCACUGUAAACUGGUCUAUUUGGGGUUUUAUUGCAUGUUAACUUCUUUUCCCCCUCCUUCUAUUCCUAUAUCUCCUGCCACUGCAGUUCACUUUAAAAUUACAGGAGAAAAAUCACAAUAAAUAUAAAAUUAAAGCUUACAGAGAUAAGUUUUGGAGUCACGUGUUGAACUGAAUCUUAGAAACUACAUAUAUUUAAAAAUGAUGUCAGAAGAGCACUGAAGUUAAUUUUAAUUAUAAAUAAAUAAAUCAAGCUACAGAUAUCUGCUGUUUUUAUUCACACGUUUCUUUUUCACAGAUGCUUUGCAAAUGGUUAUAAACUGAAAUG